AUGUUGUUAUACAUGUGGCUAUACAACGUCAGCUGGAGCAAUGACAAGGCAAAACUCGUGCGACAUGCCUCUGCACAUGAGUUACGGCAGUUCACACACAUCCGAGUUGGCGUCGGCAUGUUAACGUGCGACAGGGCGGGUAGCGCGCAGGAGGAGGCGGAACCGGUGGCGUGCGAACGUCAGGCUGAGCCGGAGGCGGGUGAGCGCCUGGCACUUGCGCACCCUGCGCAACGGGACUCGCAAAGAAACCGGAAGAGCCGAGCACAACAGAUCCAAGUGACUGGAACGUGUGGUCAGCGUUUGUUGGAAUUGGGCCUGGCUUUGAAUCAGUUCCUCAACUAG